AUGACAGCUAGCGAGUUAGCUGGUUCUUUCUUCAAAUAUGCUUCAAUACCAGUCGCUAUUGCGGUUGGGUUAUAUGCGAUCCUACUUGGGUUACUCACCACAUCAACCUUCCAAUCACAUGUCGUUUAUCUGCACGCAAUUCAGAUGACAUGGUUCAAAGACCUCAAUGUCCCCGAAACUUUUGGGUUCCUGAGGAACCAGGUCACUCCGUUCUCUAUCAGAACGACGGACGGUGAAUUCCUACACGCUUGGCAUAUUCUUCCCGUGGAAUUAUAUCGCAAGCAUCAAAUAUGUCUUAUCGAAGAGCCAGUAGGCUUUGUGUCUGAUGUCAAGUCCCGACUGGGAUUUCAACUAUUACGAGAGGACCCCGACGCUCGUUUAAUUCUUCACAUGCACGGCGCUGGAGGAACCGUCGCCUCGGGGUACCGGGUCCCAAAUUACCGUGCACUGUCAGCGGGAAAUCCUGGGAAAAUCCAUGUUCUCACAUUUGAUUACCGAGGAUUUGGCAAGAGUACUGGGACACCAUCUGAAACCGGGCUCAUCAUCGAUGCCCUCGCCGUGGUGGACUGGGCAAUGAAUGUUGCAGGCAUCCCUCCAUCUCGAAUUUUGAUAUUUGGUCAAUCGAUGGGCACAGCCGUGAGCAUCGCUGUGUCUAAACAUCUUGCUGUGCAGAAUCCACCAAUAGUCUUCGCAGGCACGGUGCUGGUUGCACCAUUUGUCGACGUCGCGACAUUGGUCUCAACCUAUCGAGUUGCGGGUACCGUCCCAAUCUUGUCACCAGUUGCCAGGUUCCCUUUCCUCUUCAAAUAUCUUCAACGAUUCAUUCGAGACAAAUGGUUGAGCAAGGAUAAUAUUGCGCAAUAUAUUGAGUCUAACGAGCGGAACGGGGAGAAAUACAGAAUAACCAUAAUCCACGCCGAGGAUGACUAUGACAUUCCAUGGCACCAUUCUCAACUUGUGUUUUGGCACGCGGUUAAUGCCUCGAUGCCAGCGGGGAUCAGUUAUGACGACCUUGAACAAAAGAAGCUUGAUUCGAAAGCAGAUCUAGGAGCUGCUGGAUCUAUGAUGGAAUGGAAAACGGAGAACGGGGUUAUUCGCGAAGAGAUCUUAAAAACUGGAUUGCAUGAUGUGAUCAUGGGGUACCCGGUAGUCACAAUGGCGGUGAUGCGAUCUUUUGAAGCGGCAGAUCCAUCAUUCACACCCUGA